AUGUGCGACAAGUUGAACGAGAAGCAUAAGCUAUUCAAACAGGGCCAGACGGUGGUCGACUUGGGUUUUGCGCCUGGAUCAUGGUCUCAGGUUGCCGUAAACAAAACCUCACCUGGCGGCCGCGUCAUCGGAAUCGAUCUGAUACCAGCUCAGCCCCCUCGCGGCGUCUCCACGAUUCAAGGGAACUUCCUCUCCCCCACUAUACAAGCUGAAGUGCGAGCCUACGUGCAAGACCCCGAUCUCGGUCGCCCUCGAAAGCAAGUCUUGUCACAUAAAGAUGCCGGAAUGACAGAAGAAGAACUGGACGAGAUGGAGAAAGGCUAUGUUGAUAUCGAGCGGCAUGCACAUCUCGAGGGAGUUGAGGCAGAGUCCAUCGGACAAGCACGCAAGGACGGCGACGCCAGCGAAGGCUCAAAUUCGAAGCUUUCACUGAAGGAACGAGACGAGCGUCAAGGCAGAGUCGUGGACGUGGUGCUCUCAGACAUGUCAGAACCCUGGGACCAGACUACUGGAUUUUACAAAAAGAGCUUGAGUGACCCGUAUAUCAGGUUGAUGAACACGUCCGGCAUUGCAUUCAAGGACCACGCCGGCAGCAUGGACCUAUGUAUGGCGGGCUUGACCUUUGCAUUCGAUACACUACGCACUGGCGGCCACUAUAUGUGCAAGUUCUACCAGGGGUCCGAAGACAGAGCGCUCGAGACGAAGCUGAAGCGUCUGUUUGCGAAAGUAGUCCGAGAGAAGCCGGACUCUUCACGCAGCGUACGUCUGGCAGGCACCACUACUUCCCAUCGCUAA